AUGUCCACAAACGCCCUUUACCUUGAGCGCGACAAGGCAAACGUCAGCAUUGUACACCUGUUCCUCGACAAAGUAUGGCAGGAGCCGAAGUCUCCCGCCGUUAUCGACAUCAACUCAACAAUUAGCUAUGAAGAGUUGCAUACCGCCGCAUUGUCACUGGCCUCCCAAUUAUUCCACAGAGAAUAUGCUUUGGAAGAGCCCACGGGGGUCUUGGUCAAUCCGGGGCUAUGGAACAUUAUCACUCAGCUCGCAGUGGUGUAUGCCGAAGGCACAAUCGUUCCCGCCUAUCCAGAUGAUUCUGAUGAGAAGAUUCUCUCUAAACUGAAAGGCAUGGUCCAAGGGGUACUGGCUGACAGGUUUGGAAUGACUAAGGACAAACUGCGAAAGUACAACGGCGAGAAUACCUGCCAGGACUUAUAG